AUGAAGGGCCAUUCUGCCAUCAACGAGGUAGUGAGCAGAGAAUACACCAUCAACAUUCACAAGCACAUCCAUGGAGUGGGUUUCAAGAAGCGUGCCCCUCGGGCACUCAAAGAGAUCUGGAAAUUUGCCCUGAAGGAGAUGGGAACUCCAGAUGUGUGCAUUGACAACAGGCCCAACAAAGCUGUCUGGACCAAAGGAAUAAGGAAUGUCCCAUCCAGGUGUGGUUGUCCAGAAAACAUAAUGAGGAUGAAGAUUCACCAAAUAAGUCCCAUACAUUGGUUAACCUACGUAGCUGUCACCGCUUUAAAACACCUACAAACUGUUAAUAUGGAUGGAAAUUAA